UCUCGUAGGCGCAGGUGUGCCCCUGAUAUGCGGCAACCUAACUAUCCGGUGUGUUAGUUUAUUUCUAAGUUGCCGCGUCCUUAAUUUCACUACGACUACGUUGGAUAAAAUAAUACUUGAGAAACAAAUUGCAACUUUACAGUUGAGAAAGAACCACGAGGCUGCACCACUGAUAUGUAUACUCAGUUUAUGCUCAGUUUACUAUACUAUUCAUUUGUAUUUACAUUGCAAUUUGAUUAUUGAGAUUUGACAGUGACCAAAACACACCCAAUUACUUAAUUGUUUAUAUUAUAUUAGUUACUGUAAUGGCAGAAUCAAAUCGUAGUAUAUGUUUAACACUGCCUAAUAGUAUAACAAAACAAAUUAGUACGUGUAAAAACAGCGAACAAUAUAUAACAAACUUUUUACAAAAUACAUUGCCAUCUAAUGAUACUUGCUCUAUACAAGACGAAUUGAGGAAGUCACUUAUACUCAGUAAACAUAAAAGUAAAUGGAAUAAAAAGAAAAGAUGUAAGGGGAAGCUGUUGACCAGUAGAAAACGAAUGCAACUUGGUUUGCGUAAAAUUGGUUGUAAAACUAAUAUGAAAUAUAAUGAUUUGUUACCAUUAAAUCAAUUAUGGUUAAACUAUAUGCAACAAAUGCUGGGUGACAAGUUUUUUAAUAAUGUACCAAAAGAUCCUACAGAUUCUAAUUGGGAAACAGUUAAUCAACAAUUAAUUAAAGCAGAUUUCCAUGGUGCUGAAGUGUCAGUUGUUGAAUCAAAAUGCCCUAGUUUAAUUGGAAUAAGUGGAAUAGUUAUACAAGAUACUAAAACUACCUUCAGAAUAUGUGGAAAAGACAAUGUCAUUAGAACUGUACCUAAGGAUGUGGUUGUUAUGAAUAUUUGUUUAAAUGGAGUAAAACUAGAAUUCUUUGGAAAAGAUCUUUCUAUUAGACCUACUGAACGAACAAUAAAAAAAUUAAAGAGUGGACGUGUCUAUGAACUCUGAUGUGUGAAUUGAUAUCUUCUAUUUGAUAUAUUCUAUUGUUUUGUAUCACAUAAAUAUUAAAUACAAUAAACAUUAACUUAUGUUUAUGCUACAAAAAGCAUGGAUUACUUUCUAUUAUCCAUCAUUCAGUUUUCUUUACAUGCCUGUAACUACAAACGUACCUACAGUCCCUAAAGGUUUCAGUGGUACAUGUAAAAUAAUGGUUUGGAGCUUAAUUCCAGAUUUAGUCAUUCUAUAUUUAGAUUUUAAUGAUGUUAAUGAAAAAUAUACUUCCUUGUAGUCCUCCAUGUUCAUGGAUGCCAGUUUGAGAAACACUUUGCUAAAUAAUAAAUCACUAUAUAAGAAUGUAAGAUAUCAGAGUGUUAUUUUUCCAUAGCGAAAUAGUGUCCAAUUUUAACAAAUAACAAAUGAAUACAUCGAAAUAUAUAAUUAAUAUAAAGAAGUACACAUUCAAAUCAUAUCACUAUUUAUUGAAAGAAAUUUAAUAGUGAUAAUCGAUUCACAUUUUAUAUUGACUUUCAAUAUUAUAGAGAUGUGGUUUUGUUUGUAUAAUUAACAAUCAAUCUUAGUACGUUUAUUUCCAAAUUUACUAAUAUUUUAUUAUAAUUUAUAAUAUCCAAACAAUGAUACAAUUACAGUAGUGCCACUGUAAUUCAGGGCAAUACACGUGAAUACAGUGAAAUUUAAUUGAUAAAUUAGGCACAGUAAGAUUUUAUUACAUUGUACAUUUAAAGUAAAACCUUCUGAUGUUUUAAAUAUAAUGUACAGCUUCAAUAACGGAACACUAAGAAUCAUAAAAUACAUUUUUUAAGGGGCCACGAUAAAUCGCAAAUAUUGAAUCCACGUAUACGAUGGCACUACUGUACUCUGUACAUUACUAUUUGAUUUUAAAACAGCAUUAAAUACACUUUUCAAUCUACAACUUUAUUCAUUACAUAAUUUCAAUGAAGAUGAAGUGAUUAUUAGGAAUGUUACAGAUUCUCGUCCGCAUUAUCUAAUUUUAACACUUUUAUUUAAUACAUGCAGCCAAAAUUACUGCACUCAUUAAAUACCAAACGAAAGUCACUUUAAAUAGACAAUAUCACAAUGAACAUUGUUCUACUGUAUGCGAAAAUGUCUGGUUACAUUGUCGUAUUAGUUUCUUUAACUUCCAACUUUCGUGUUAUGCUUAUGAAUUAAUGAGAACAAUUUAUAAGUGCAUACCUCUCAUUUAUUCUGAGAUGCGUGACAUAAGAAAAUGUCUUAUGCAAUAAAAUUGCUCUUUUAGGAACAUUGAAUGUGAGAUGUGCCAGAAAAAUGACUGAAUUUUUCCGACAUAUCUUGUACAUUGAUCCUGACCUGUUAGGAGAGCAUUUUAUACAGACAAUUUAAAUCAUUUAACGAGCAGAAACGUUAACAAUACGAUUCUGUCAUUUUCUACAUAUGCACUGAAAUCUGACCUCUCAACUUACAUUAAUACUUGUAUUAUAAUUUCAUCAUACAUUAAUACAAUGAUUCAACGAACAAUACAUCCAAAUAGGAUACUAUACAUACAUUAUAUUAACCAAAUACAAUAAAGUUAGAAAAAAAGCUUCAAAUUACAUUUAUCAAGACUGAACACGUUAAUAAACAAAAUUACAAUUAAUUUAUGUAUUUGAAAACCCUCGAAUAUUUUUACAGGCGUUGCAUGCUUUCAAUUUAACGUGUACAAAAAGAGGGUAAGGUAAUAAUAUUGUAGCCAACAUAAACAAGUCUUAGUACAUAUAUCCAUACAUCAAUAUGACCAAAUUGUUUAAAAAAAUUUUUUUUUUAAAUAGAUUAAAUACGUUUUUCGUCUAGUAAGAGUAUAUCAGAGAGCUACCUUUAUUAUCAUUUUUUUUUUUUUUUAGCAGAACAUAUAACAACGUUGCUAUUCUAUAUUUCACAUUUUAGCUGUCGGGUCAAAUGCUAGAUUUUUAUUUAUUCAUGCCACAGCAACGACACACACAGAUGCUAAAG